AUGGGGAUUUUUAUCAAGAAACAACAAUCUGGGUUCUCUGCCUCUUCAACAGCAGAGGAAGUUACUGAAGGGAUUGAUGGAACUGGUCUUACUGCAAUUGUUACAGGAGCCUCCAGUGGUAUUGGUGUAGAGACAGCGCGUGUUCUUGCAUUGCGCGGUGUCCAUGUAGUUAUGGCAGUAAGGAACACCGAUGCUGGGGCGAAUGUCAAAGAAGUAAUCCUUAAAGAAAUUCCCAAUGCUAGAAUUGAUGUCAGGGAGUUAGACCUCAGCUCAUUCACAUCUGUAAGAAAAUUUGCAGCAGAUUAUCGUUCCUUAGGCCUUCCAUUGAACAUCCUUAUUAACAAUGCAGGGGUAGGAGUGACACCUUUCAAACUUUCUCAAGACAGUAUAGAACUCCAGUUCGCAACGAAUCAUUUAGGUCAUUUUCUUCUCACAAAUCUUUUGUUGGAGACCAUGAAAAGCACAUCACGAGAAAGCAACACAGAGGGGAGAAUCGUGAACGUAUCAUCACUGAGCCAUCAUUACGGAUACCGUGAAGGAAUUCGUUUUGAUAAACUUAAUGAUGAACCCACAUACAGCAGGCAUUCUGCUUAUGCACAAUCCAAGCUUGCUAACAUAUUGCAUGCUAAUGAGCUUACAAGACGUCUGAAGGAAGAAGGGGCAGAGGUAACAGCUAAUUCUCUCCAUCCAGGAACAAUUCUCACGAAUCUUUUGCGCUAUGAUGCCUUUUUAAAGUGUAUUCUUAAGGUGCUGGGCAUAUUUAUCUCUAAAACUGUUCAGCAGGGUGCGGCAACCACAUGCUUUGUGGCACUCCAUCCACAACUUAAGGGAGUAGGCGGCGAAUACUUUGUGGACUGUAACAUCGCCAAACCGAGCUCUCAGGCAAAAGAUGCAGAUUUGGCAACCAGACUCUGGGACUUUAGCUUGAUUUCCAAGGCCCCUGAUCCUGAGGCUGUGGACUCAGCGUAG